AUGUAUGUUGACGCACCUGUCAUCGGCAGUAUUGCGUACCAAGGCCGAGGCAUGGAACUAAGUGAAUUGUUAAUGUGGCAGUCAAAAUUGUAUGCUUUCGAUGACCGUUCCGGAAUUGUGUACGAGCUGUUACUAGAAAAUAAUAAUGCUUCGUCCACUUCACAAAAAGGUAUGAAAAUCGAAUGGGCUACUAUCUUUGGAAACGAUAUGUUCAUAGGCAGUUUCGGAAAAGAAUUUACGAUGGAAGAAGGAGGAAAGAUAUUAAGCGAAGACAACAUGCUUGUGGUAAAAAUUUCUGAAGCAACAGACAGGUUAGAGCGCUUUGAUUGGACCAAUACAUACGAGAAAAUAAGAGCCGCCGUCAAUGCUUUAUCACCUGGAUACAUCAUUCACGAAGCAGUUUUGUAUAGACAGUCAUCUGAAGAGUGGUAUUUUUUGCCUCGCAGAAUUUCGACUGAACUGUAUAACGUACGCAACGACACUUUUAAAGGCGCCAAUAAAAUAAUAAUUUUGGACAAACAUCAACAAACUCGUGUGGUUACUAUUCCUUUCGGUUCAAAAUGCAAGAUGCGAGGCUUCAGUAGCGCGAAAUUUGUUCCUGGCUUCAAAGAAAAACUAAUUAUCGCUUUACGCUCAGUAGAAAAUGAGGAAACAGCGAUUUUCCAAACUUAUUUAUCUAUCUUUUCAAUUAAUGGAGAAAUUCUUUUAGACGAAGUUCUAGUAAGCGACAAAUAUAAAUUCGAAGGUAUAGAAUUUAUUAUGUAA